AUGGGCUCAACUCCCCUCACCCGUCUCCCUUGCGACUGCUGGGUACAGAUACUAGGGUAUCUACCAAAACAGGAUUUGAAUAACCUGUCACGAGUUUCCCACGACAUUCGUAACUCAACUGAACUCUUCCUGUAUCGAAACAUUCAUUGGGACUGGAGGAAUCCCCCGACCAACAAAAUAAUGGCCCUCUUGCGGACUAUCUCCGAGCGACCAGAGUUGGCUGACUACAUCUGGCAUGUCAGCUUUGUAUGGUGGGACGUGGGGCCCGAGCGAACAGAGGAUUUCCUCCCCAAAGGAGGGGUGGCUGGCUGGGCUAAGUUGAUGCUACAAUUUCGGCCCACUCUCAGCUGGUCACGGAGGGCUGUUCGAAAGGCGAAAUACCCGUCAAAGUCUGUUACCAGAUGGCAGGCAAGACUGUUUGAUGGAGACCCGCACGUCUACGCCACAGUGCUGAUCUCGCAACUGCACAACCUUCGCAGCCUUCGACUGGACUAUUCAUUCGUGCUGGAGGGUGGCUUCCCUGGGGAAAUGUUGCAUCAUUCUCUCUUCGGCGACGCACCCCCUGGCGCACUUAGUCGGUUUUCGAAAUUGGAAAUGGCCGACUAUGGAAGCAAUUUGCCUCUCUCGGAGUUCCGUGACGGUGUCAGCCUCAUCAAUACCUGUCAAUUCAUCCCCUGGUUCCACCUUCCUUCCUUGAACACUCUCGAGAUAUGGCUCCAUAAUGUGGUGGGACUCUGUGUUUUCCCUCCGCAGACGCCGCGAAGAUCCUUGAAUUUGCCAAACUUACGCAGUCUUGUUAUUGCCAAGACACGUGCAACGCCCGAGGACAUCGCUACACUACUGUUUCAACUGCCAUAUCUGGAGUCCUUGCAUGUGGGCUUGGCCUACAAAUGCCGGGCAACAGGCGAGUUUCUCUGGGAUCCCGAGUGCCUCCUUCAUGCCAUACAAAUUCGAGGACAAUCGAUCAAGCAUCUCUCUCUCAACGUGGAGAUUCUCCCAUGUUGUCGCGAAACCUUCCUUCUGAGUCCGGCGCAUGAAGGUGGGAAGGCUUUUCGUGGCUUUUUGAACGAGUUUCCCAAACUGAAAUCGGUCUCUUUACCGCUCUACUUGCUCGUCGGUUGGGUAGACGCCCCUUCAAGCUUCGGGAUGUACUGCCACCAACUCUUGAAGCCCUUCAUAUAA